AAGACAACAACUAAACCCACAAAAACCCUAGCAGCACUCUUUUAUAAAACCACACUCACAAGUGCAGCUUCAACGCCACGACGCCACCCCCUCUCUUUCAAACAGCUUUCUCUCGCUAUUCGCAGUCUCUUUACUCCAAAGCAAAGAUGAGGCCUCCUCUAACUGGUGGACGUGGUGGCGGUGGGUUCAGUGGUGGACGUGGUGGCGGUGGGUACAGUGGUGGACGAGGAGGUAGCUCUGGAGGUAGAGGAAGAGGAGGAGGAAGAGGUUUCGGAGACCGUGGUGGACGUGGCGGCGGUAGAGGCAUGAGCAGAGGAGGAGGUAGAGGAGACCGUGGUGGACGUGGCAGAGGAGGACGUGGAGGGAUGAAGGGAGGCAGCAAAGUGAUUGUGGAGCCACACAGACACGCGGGAGUGUUCAUUGCCAAGGGCAAAGAAGAUGCUCUCGUCACUAGGAACUUGGUUCCUGGUGAAGCUGUCUACAACGAGAAGAGAAUCUCUGUUCCGAAUGAAGAUGGAACUAAGACUGAGUACAGAGUGUGGAACCCUUUCCGCUCUAAGCUGGCGGCUGCUAUUCUCGGUGGUGUUGAUAACAUUUACAUUAAACCUGGUGCUAAAGUUCUGUACCUUGGUGCUGCUUCUGGAACCACAGUCUCUCAUGUGUCUGAUCUUGUUGGACCCGAGGGAUGUGUCUACGCGGUUGAGUUUUCUCACAGAAGUGGUAGAGAUUUGGUGAACAUGGCGAAGAAGAGGACUAAUGUUAUCCCAAUCAUUGAAGAUGCUAGACACCCUGCCAAAUACAGAAUGCUUGUUGGCAUGGUUGAUGUUAUCUUCGCUGAUGUUGCUCAGCCUGAUCAGGCUAGGAUCGUGGCUUUGAAUGCAAGCUUCUUUCUCAAAACAGGAGGUCACUUUGUUAUUUCAAUCAAGGCAAACUGUAUUGACUCAACAGUUCCAGCAGAAGCCGUGUUUCAGAGCGAAGUGAAGAAGCUGCAACAAGAGCAGUUCAAGCCAGCAGAGCAAGUGACGCUUGAGCCAUUUGAGCGUGACCAUGCUUGUGUCGUUGGUACCUACCGUGCCCCUAAGAAAGCCAAGGCUGCUACUGCUGCUUAGAAAAAUGCUUGUGUUUCUACUGUCUUGUUUUUUCUCAGUUUCUGCUCCUGUCUUGUGUUCUUUUUUAGAAUCUGUAGUGCUUUAGAAUUUUGUUGACGAGAGACCUUGAACUCAUUACCAGAUUUUGCUCGUUGAGAAAGUUUUAAUAGUAGUUCGUCUGAGUUACUAAUUUUUCAUC